ACCUCCCCGUCCCCCACCGCGCGCGCUCCGCCCGCCCCGGAGCCUCGCCCUCCGCCACGAUGAGCAAAUGAGCGCGAGCGAGGGCAUGAAAUUUAAAUUCCACUCAGGGGAGAAAGUGCUGUGCUUCGAGCCUGACCCCACCAAGGCGCGAGUGCUGUACGAUGCCAAGAUUGUGGAUGUUAUUGUUGGGAAAGACGAAAAAGGCAGAAAGAUCCCAGAAUAUUUGAUCCAUUUUAAUGGUUGGAACAGAAGCUGGGAUAGGUGGGCCGCUGAAGAUCAUGUCCUCCGUGAUACCGAUGAAAAUCGGCGAUUACAGCGUAAAUUGGCAAGAAAAGCAGUAGCUCGCCUAAGCACAGGAAGAAAGAAGAAGCGCUGUCGCUUGCCUGGUGUCGAUUCUGUCUUAAAAAGCCUCCCCGGUGAAGAAAAAGAUAAAAAUGAUGAGAACUCCAUAAGCACUUCCUCUGAUGACAGUAGUGAAGAAAAGGAUGAAGCAGUAAGUGAAGAAAGUGACGUGGAAGAAAAGACUGAAGCGAAGGAAGAAGUGGAGACGCACAGGAAAAGGGAGAUGGAAGAAAGAACAAUCACUAUAGACAUCCCUGAAGUUCUGAAGAAGAAGCUGGAGGACGACUGCUACUACAUCAACAGGAGGAAGCGGUUAGUGAAACUUCCGUGCCAGACCAACAUCAUCACAAUUUUGGAAUCCUACGUGAAGCAUUUCGCCAUCAAUGCAGCCUUUUCAGCCAAUGAGAGACCUCGUCAUCAUCACGCUAUGGCGCACGCCAACAUGAAUGUACAUUAUAUCCCAGCGGAAAAGAACGUUGACCUUUGUAAGGAGAUGGUGGAUGGGUUAAGAAUCACCUUUGAUUACACUCUCCCAUUGGUUUUGCUGUAUCCAUAUGAACAAGUUCAGUAUAAAAAGGUGACUUCGUCCAAAUUUUUUCUUCCAAUUAAGGAAAGUGCCACAAACACUAGUAGGAACCAGGAGGAGCUCUCGCCCAGCCCACCUUUGUUGAAUCCGUCCACCCCACAGUCCACGGAGAGUCAGCCGACCACAGGUGAACCGGCCACCCCCAAAAGGCGCAAAGCCGAGCCAGAAGCCUUGCAGUCUCUGAGGCGUUCCACGCGCCACUCUGCCAAUAGCGACAGGCUGUCUGAGAGCAGCGCCUCGCCGCAGCCCAAGCGCCGGCAGCAGGACACGUCCGCCAGCAUGCCCAAGCUGUUCCUGCACCUGGAGAAGAAGACCCCCGUGCACAGCAGAUCAUCCUCACCGGUUCCUGUGACCCCUAGCAAGGAAGGGAGUGCGGUGUUUGCCAGCUUCGAAGGCAGAAGAACUAAUGAGAUAAAUGAGGUCCUCUCCUGGAAACUCGUACCAGACAGUUACCCUCCAGGCGACCAGCCGCCUCCACCCUCCUACAUUUACGGGGCACAACACUUGCUGCGAUUGUUUGUGAAACUUCCAGAAAUCCUUGGAAAGAUGUCCUUUUCUGAAAAGAAUCUGAAGGCUUUACUGAAGCACUUUGAUCUCUUUCUGAGGUUUUUAGCAGAGUACCAUGACGACUUCUUCCCAGAGUCUGCCUACGUGGCUGCCUGUGAGGCGCACUACAGCACUAAGAACCCCAGGGCGGUUUAUUAGCAUUUCCGCCGGCUCUGCGAGAAGGCCUCCCCGCCUGGCUUUGCGUUCCAGGUCCCCAGCAGAGAGUAGGGGAGGAGGAGGGGGAUGGGAUGCCCAGCCCAGGGAGGCUCUAGCAGAGGCGGGCCCAGUUAUUUGAGUUAUUACAUACUUAGUUAUUUUUGGUAAGGAGUACUUCUGUGGUGCCUGAACAGCCUACGACAUCUGACCCUCGCCGCUGUGCGCGCCAUUGGUGUCAGAAGAGAGCAGCUAUGUUCUCAGGGUAGCGUUCACGAAAGCGUGCAUGGGUCAGGCUGUUUCAGUGGAGGUUGGAGUUAUUAAUAAUAACCACAUGUUUUAGUUAUUCGUUAGCACUAAGCAAAAUUGUUUUGCAAACUGUUUUCAUUCUUAGGAUGAUACUGAGCAGCUCUGUCCAACCAAUUUUGUUUUGCUUGGAAACUGCAAAGUGGUCCCAAAAUAUUUUACAGGGAAUUGAUAUUGAAGGCAAAAGAAAAUUUGCAGCUAUACAUUUGCUUUUACAGUUCCUUUUCUGUAAAACCUUAUUUUUGGUGAUCUAAAAAAAGCGUUGCCUGACAUGUUUGAGAUUUUUACAGAUAUACUUUGUUGUGUAAUGUUAUGGUUCCCAUUCUGUAAGAUGUUAUUUUUGAUGUUCUAAAUAAAGCAGAGCCCGUCUUGUUGGGAAGAGCCAGGGGAGAGAGUCUUCACUCUGGCCUUGUCUUCUUUCUUUCUUGCGAAGGAACAGAUCGGCGACACCCUGACUCAACUUUUUGUUUUAUUUUUGUUUUACUUCUGUGCCUUCUUUUGUUAAGGCCUUUAGUUUUCCCUUCCUUUGAUUUUGUGUCCCUUGUCAGCGUGACGGGGAGGUCGUGACUGGAAGUUGCUGUGGCCCCUGGUCUAUCUCGUAGCCGCACCCUGGGCUGGUCUAGGGCCAGCACGUUCACCCGCCUCCAUCCUGACCAGCUGGUGGCCUCUCAGGCCGCCCUGCUAAUCCUUAUCUUAGUCCCUCACAUGCCUCCCCUGCACCUCCCCCGCCCCCCGGGACGUUUCAGGAAACCCUGACUUGAUUGAAGGGAGGCCAGCACCACACGCGCCUGGGGUACAGCCCCUGCUUUUCCUUGUAGCUCAGCUCAGUGGCUCUGAAUUCCCGAAGGUCACUGCUCAUGAACAAGAAGGGCCGUGGGGAGGUUUUAAAAAUUUGUAAAUGCUUUCAUCGAAGGGACUUGACAUAUACCGACCAGUGAGAAUCAGAACUUCUAAAUCGGAGUGGACGUUAUCUUAGUGCACUUAGUUGCUAGGUAACUUGGGUUUGGGUAUCUGAUCUGGAGUAGCAUUUGGGUUCAGGCAGGUUUCAUCUCCAUGCGCUUUUACGCGAUGUUUAAAGGCGGUGCACCUGCAGUGUGCUCUGGAUUGUUGAAAAAGUGUUAUCAGUCAUUAUGCAUGGCCUGGAAAAGAAGAAAGUUUCCCUUAAAAGAAUCUACUUGUUAAAUGUCGCCAGGGAAAUGAACACAGACUGUCUCUUGGAACCUUUAUAGUGAUAUAGCUUGAGUCUACAAUUCAUUUGUUUUCUAAUAAUGAAAAGUGACUUUCUUUCCCCAAAGGUAUUUCUGAAUCACAACUUCCCUUAAGAUGAUUAUUUGCUGCUUAGGUUGAUUGAAGUAAGUGUCGCAAAUAUUAUCUAUUAUAAUUUUUCAAAUAAUUCAUCGGUUAAAAUAGAAUUUAAAUGUCUAGACCAUCCUUAUGCUUAUAAAAAUUAUGCAUUAUCCUCCUUUUGUCAGUUUUUAAAUUGUUACUUUCCUAAACUGC